ACGAAGCCCAAAGACAUUCACAGCCUUAACCUGAGUUCAAUAAUCCAAAUUUCACAAUCUCAAACUAAGCUUAUUUCUAUCAAUUAGUCUCUCAUAACAACAAAACCAAUUACAUUCGCAGCAGCAAUCCAAACUAAAUUCAUUAUCUAUUCAACAGCUGUUCACUAAGCCGCCGCUGGAGGAGGAAGGCCCGCCAAUUCUGCCUCUGCUUCUAGUUUCUGGAAUCUGAGAAAAAGCCACUGCCACUGCUGGAACCGUUGGUUUUGUUGCUCUGUCCUUGCUUUAGAUCCACUCUGAAGCGUUACCAUCGCUGUUUGGCUGACACUGAGGCUUUUCACUGCCACCGGAGCUACCCAGGACCACCGCUGUGGCUGCUAUGGGAACAAAGCGGGUGCCAAAACCUAACAGAGUGCCGUUAUUGUCGAUUAGAGAUGCCAAAACCACUACUGCUGCUGUUUGGCUGAAGCUGAGACCUUUCACCAUCACUGGAGCUGCCCAGAAUCAUCAUGGUAGCUGCUAAGAGAGCAGAACGGAUGUUAGAACUGCCAACGGAGCUGCUGGGUUUCGUGAUUUCCGCGAGUUUCGACUUUGAGAUGGAGACGGGCGUGAUCUUCUAUGAGUUCGAGGACCCUUACGUCUACGAGGAUCUGGUACAUCACAGUUACUUCAUCAUGGGAUUGGAGCCUCGUAUUAGACGAUAUGCGUUACCUAAUCGAGCCUUUCAACAUCCUCUGUCUAGCCCGCAUUUUGACCCUGAUGCUCCUUACGACUUUUCCCUUAUCCUGGUUACAUCCUGACGCACCUGUACAUCCUUUUCCUGAUGAUCCCGAGCACCCUAUACCAGCUCAACCUUUGAAUGAGGUGGAACCUGAGCCUAUCAUUCCUGAUGAGCCCGAGUUAGCUGGUGACUACGUACCUGUGAUACCACCAGAGUGGGACUUUCCUCCUGAGCUGAUCCCUGACUUUCCACAGCCUGAUGAGCCGGCACUACCAGACGGUGGGGUAGCUCCUAUAUACGCGAACGGACCUGUGCUCGCGAAUGGUUUUGUACAUAGUGACAGCAGUGUUUCUGGUGGAUCUAAGGGUAUAGUUGUAGCUGCGGAUGAUGAGGAGGAGCAGGAUCCUGAGAUAGAGAUAGAGCAGGAUGAGGAGAUAGACGAGCCUCACGGCGAUUCUCCGAACGGCCACGAGUAGAUAUAGUUUGACUGCGGAAGGGGCAUUCUUUUGAUGACACUCUAGUCUAACAUUAUCGGAUAGAUAGUCUCUCAUUUGUGUUAGUACACCCGAGAGCUAGGAGAUAUAUAGUGGUUAGGCUAGCCUGGGUGCCAGUUUAGCGGCUUUUUGUAUGGGCCAGGCCCUGGGAGUGUCGUGUAAAUAUUAGCUACGUAUGAUGACGAGGAUGUAAACUGACUUGAUCUUGUGUAAACGCUACAUGUUUUGUUAUUGUGUACAUGAUGUAUAUUAUCUGUUGUGUUUCUAUGUUUCUUAGGUAACUGAAAUUUUGAGGGCAAAAUUUUCUUUUAGGAGGGUAGAAUGUAACAACCCUGAUUUUCGUG